AUGUCUGAUAUGCUUCCAUUGGCUACGUACAGCCUAAAUGUUGAACCAUACACUCCAACCCCGGCUUUAAACUACGAUGUACCAGUUACCAUCAGAAUUACAAUGGCGGCCAUCGAUCCUGAACCAUUUGACGACGACAAGAAACCAUCUACCUUGAGGAUCAUCAAGAGAAAUCCUGAACUCUCUGAUAAUGAUCUUCAUGAUGGUAGUGAUCGCGAAGAAGAUGAAAAUGACAGUGAAGAAGUGUCAGAAAAGAAUGUCAAGUCAAAAAAAGCUAAAAAAGUUGAGCAAAGUGAAUCCGAGGAAGACUCCGAGGACGAAAGUGAAAUGGAUAACGAAUUUGACGAAUGCGUUCUUCUAACCUUGUCUCCAAAAGGUCAAUAUCAACAAGCUUUGGACAUCACCAUCGCCCCUGAGGAAGACGUUCAAUUCGUCGUCACCGGUUCAUACACUAUCUCUCUAACUGGUAACUUUGUCAAACAUCCAUUUGAUACGCCUUUGCAAGACAACUCCUCAGAUUCUGAUGAAGACGAGGAGGACUAUUACAGUGAAGAAGAAUCUUCCAAUGGAGAAGAAGAAAAGGACGAUGAAGAGUUAAGUUCUGGCGACGAUGAUCUCGAUGAUUUAGCAGAUGCCAGUGACAUUGAAAGCCGUCUUGAUGAAUUAGUUGAAAAAGAUAAAAAGAAGAAAGAUAAAAAAAAGGAUACCAAAAGAAAACAUGAAGAAGAAGAAGAAACUGCUAAACCAACCGAGAAAAAGCAAGUUGCCAAAAAAGCCAAAAAGGCAGAAUCCAAUAAAGAAUCGGAAGAAAGCAAAUCAAAACCAAAGACAGCCUUUCUGGAAGGUGGUAUUGUCAUCGAAGACCGCGUCACAGGUAAGGGUCCACAUGCCAAAAAAGGUUCCAGAGUUGGAAUGAGAUAUGUUGGUAAGUUGAAAAAAGGAAAGGUUUUUGACAAAAACACAAAGGGUAAACCCUUUGUUUUCAAAUUAGGUCAGGGCGAAGUCAUCAAGGGAUGGGAUAUCGGUGUUGCUGGGAUGGCUGUCGGUGGUGAGCGUAGAAUUGUUAUUCCAGCCCCAUAUGCCUACGGUAAACAAGCCUUGCCCGGCAUCCCAGCCAACUCUGAAUUGACAUUUGACGUAAAAUUGGUCUCCAUGAAAUAG